AUGCUAAAAGUUCGUUCACUUCCAACAAACAUAUAUAUUACAAUAUUUCGUCACAUACCGAUUUCUCAAUUACCUUUGGUAUCAAGGGUAUGCAAAGAAUGGUCUGAACACGCAUGUUCCGUUCUUUACCAUCGUAUUGUGAUCACACCAUCCGUUUUAACUCAUUUCAUUCAACAUCGAUUACUUCAAAAGUACUCUUCGUACUGUAAAAAAUUAAUCGUAUUUUCGAUUAAUCUCACAGAGCAACAUAAAUCGUUAUUAUUGAAGCAUACUCAUGAUCUUAAUAAUGUGACAUUGUUGAAAUGUCAUAAUUUGGACGAGGAGUUCCUUUAUAGUUUUACAAAAAAACAUUCCACAACAAUGGAAAAUUUAACAUUGUGGGGUCCACGGUCAUUUGAAUCAGGUGUGACGAUUCUGACAGAUGGGUUAUUAAAGCCAUGUUUGCCGAAUAUGUUAAACGUUCGUCACCUUUCGAUUUGCGCGGCAAACAUUUCCGAUGAAUUUCUACCUUUGCUCGUUUCGUCCUUAACAUCCAAUACUGUUCCUUCACUAAUUGGGCUAGAUUUAACCGAAUGUUGGAAGCUAACAGCCUUCGGCGUAGCAGAGUUAUUUUCCAAUCAUCUAUCCUCAUUGAGAAAUGUCACGCUUCAAUACCAUAAAGACAAUGAUAUCGAUGCGGAUUUCUUCGAAUUCCUGGCCUCCAACUUUGCAACGCAUAGAUUUGAGUAUUUCGUCACAAAAAACUAUCUGAGAAAUAAAGUUUUACUCAAUUUCGACAAAAUCUCUAAUGAUUUGAUUUCCAUAGCAAACGCAAAUCAAAAUGUGACUGUGGUAACGAGAGAGAACGUGUGGACGGAUGAUGAAAUCUUUGCUAAAUAUUGUUGA